ACACCCUAGAGGAGCGUAGAUUUUGUCGGUUCUGUACUUCGCUGUUUUCUUUUGGCAAAAACAGUACGCUGACAUUUGCUGCUACCUUGCACAAUGGACUAUAAUUGUCCCGGAAAAAGAAAAUGCAGUUUGCCGUGUAUCAGAGUGAUUUUCUGGUAUACAUGGGGGCGCGAUAAGUUAAAACAAACAAACAAUUAAAUAAAUAAAUAGAUCUUAAACGAUAUACGGCAAUAAUUUUCCAUGUGGUCACAGCCAGUUUCAUUCAGAAAUGACCCUCAUUUAUAUACAAAACCUACUUUGACGAAUAAUGGGAUCGACUUAUAAUAUGUAGGUUGUAUGACAAAUAAUAUACUGAUAAUUGAAUAUGCAAUAACAUAUUGCUGUGUAAUGCUAGUAUUAAACCUCAUAUUUUGCGGAACCAAUAAUCGGGGUGGUUUGUUUCUCGGCGGAAAACUCUUCUGACUGUACAGUUCCGUCCAUUGAAAAGCUGUAGUUGUGGAUGAUUAUAAGCUGAGUUUGCUGCCACGUGGUGUUUGUGUUUUUGAUAUAAUCUCUCGGGUAUAGCAAGUUUGUUUUGUAAUCUAGCAGUUGACUUUUGUGAGUUUUAUUCCAUCAGCUGUGAUACAGACUCUAUACAGCUCGACAAAACAGUUGCCUGUUGUUUCGGUGUAGAUACUCAAAUUUGGUUGACACCAGUGUUUAUUUGCAUUUGAAAUCAUAACACAAGCCGGUAUGGACAGAAUUGAACAAGUUUCUUCUACUGAGAUUUGUCCAGACCGAUCCCAGCUUGUGUCUGAAGAUGGGAAAAAUACGAAGUCAGUUCUUUGCCAGCGAUGUGGUUCUAAAGUCUUGUGUCCGGGUACGGCGCUCUUUGCUGAAAAGGAGCUGUUUCUACCAUCCAUGAGGAAGAAGACGGAGUCCGAGAGCAUCGCCCUGACGGAAGGCAGUGUGGAUGGGGAUACACUGACUGCGCACUGGCUGGUAGAUGACAUGUACAGCUUUGAGAAUGUGGGAUUCACUAAAGACGUGGGCAAGGUCAAAUAUCUGAUCUGUGCAGACUGUGAGAUCGGGCCUAUCGGCUGGCACUGCCUGGAUGACAAGAAGAGCUUCUACGUGGCGCUGGACAGAGUCGACCAUGCCUGAUGACUUUGCGGCAGACAGACUGCAGCAUUGCAUUGUGGGGGGGCGUUAGUGUCAGCGGUGUUACAGUUACCUAAAAGCCUCCCACUGUGACUACUGUUGUACAGGGAUUUCACCUUCUGCUGUUGUGAUUAUGGGAAUGGCCUACUAUUCUUCAGUCUCUCAGUGACCAUAAGUCGCCUGUUACUGGCUCAGUGACUGUGAGUGGUCUAUGUUAGUUCUGAAGAAAAUAAUAUCUAUGUAACUCUUAAGUAUUAAUUUUGAGAUAUGUUUUUUUCUUUUCAAAAAUAUUUCAGAAUCGAACCUUACACAAUUGAUUAACAUCGCAUUUCUGCCCUUCCAUCACUUCAAAAGAUAUAGGUACUUCAGGCUUUAGUAUAAUGUCAGUAACAGCAUUGUCAGUCUUCACACAAUUCCUAAUAGAUCCUAGAACUGCCGUGUUUAUGUGCGCUUCUUCAAAAUCAAUCUAACAGUCUUAUUUUGGCCUUUGUAGUCUGUUACGCAAAGCAAUCUAGAAAGGAAUAUGAGAAAAUUAUUACCACCUCCAAGAGGAAGAUGUUCUCCCAGGAUGCUCUGUGAAGAGGAUAAAGAGUACACCCUGCUUUGGUGUUGGUGGUGUUGCAUUGUUGCUGAUACAACAGUGGGACUGACACAAAUAUAAUGAAUACUGGUGGGUUUAUGUCUUCAGUUGUAAUGAUGCAGCCGCACACUGACCCUCAAGCCGCCUGACAGUGGUGUUCAUUUCCCUUCACUGAGUGCUUUCUGGCAGAUUCACCAUCACUGCCAACUCUGGGUUCCCAAUAAGGUGUAUGCCAGCUGCACUGGAAUAACAAAUUAAACUUUACUAAAAAAUUACAA